AUGCUUCUUAUUGUUGUAUUUCAUGCUUAUUACUUAACUUGUAAACAUAAAAUCCUAUAUAGAAAAAAUUCUUACAAGUUAAGAAUGCCAAACAGAGAUUUGUAUUUGUCAAGGUUCUUCUCAUAUAUGUCGUUGUUAUUUCUAUUAAGCUCCUUAUUGUGAUGGAUAUGAACCUAAUUAAACCUGUUUUACUAACCCUGGAUGCAUUGGAUGUGAUGUCAACUCAUCAUGUUUAGGAUGCAUCUUAUAGAAAUAAUUUGUUGAUUUAUCUUAAAAUUGUGUCGAUUGUCCAGAACAUUGUUAAACUUGUACAUCAGAAUCAAAUUGUGAGAGUUGUGUUACGAAUUAUUAUUAUUUAGAUAAUGGAGAUUGCUUAAAAUGUUAAUAUCCUUGUUUAUAAUGCAAUUCUUAACAAAAUUGUGUAACAUGUGUGUCAUAAUAAUUUUAUCUCAUAUCUGGUAUUUGUACAUAAUGUAAUACUCCAUGUUUAACAUGUUUGGAUUAAUUACAAUGUUUAACUUGUGAGGAUAAUUCAUAUUACAUUGAUUAAUUUCAGUGUUUAAAAUGCCAAGACCCAUGUUUAACAUGUUAAAAUUAAGACUUUUGUUUUAGUUGUGUUUCAGAAGACUAUUAACUUAAUAAUGGUAAAUGCAGAAAAUAUUGUCCUUAAAAUUGUAUAGAUUGUUCUGAUAAUUUACAUUGCAUUAUAUGUGAAAAGGGUUACUAUCUAACUGAAACUAACAGUUGUGUUGAAUGUUAAGCUUCUUGUGAAAAUUGUCUAAGUUAUAAUAUAUGCAUUUAAUGUUAAUAGCAAUACUUUCUUAAAGAUUAAAAUUGUAUUUUAUGUUAGUUAUCUUGUUUAACUUGCUUAAGUGAAUAAAAAUGCACCAGUUGUGCAAAUGGAUAUUAUUUAUCAAAUGAGACUUGUAAUUAAUGUCCAAUUAAUUGUUCAAAAUGUGAUUAAUUUAGAUGUUAUGAAUGUGAAUAAUAAUCCUAAUUGUUUAUCAAAGAAUGUAUUAAUUGUUUGAAUCCUAUAAAUAAAUUUCUUAAUAUUUGUAAUUAUGCAGAUUGUCAAGAUGGAAUAUGGACUUAUGGAGAGCAAUGUGAUAAUGGUAAUUCAUUUGGUUGUAUUAAUUGCAUUUUAUAAAUGGGAUAUUUUUGCAUUAACAUUUAUGGAUAACCAUCUAAAUGUUCAAGAUGUAUAGAAAAUUGCAUUUUAUGUGAUAUUGAUAACAUUUGUAAAAAGUGUAAAGAUGGGUAUUUUUUAAAUUCAAAAAAUUAAUGUUAGUAAUGUAAUAUUGAAUGCCAAACUUGCCUUUAUUAUCCUAAUAACUGUUUGUAAUGUAAAAUCAAUAAUCAAAAUUAUUAAUAAUGCGAACUAUGUGAAAGUAACCUUGGAUAUUAUACUGAUUUUGAAAAUAAUUUAUGCUUCUCAAAAUGUGGUGAUUAUAUCGCUACAGCAUUUGAAUAAUGUGAUGAUGGAAACGAUUUUAAUGGAGAUGGAUGUUCUUCUAAUUGUUAAAUCGAAGAUGGGUAUUAUUGUACAAAUGGUCAUUGUGAUACUAUUAUUUAAGGAGAAAUUAAAUCCUCUUAAUUAAAUAAUAAUCUUCAAUCUCUUUCUAAAUAGUUUAUUAUUUAAUUUACAAACCAUAUUUCAAAUUAAGAUUCAGAAAUAGUACCUAUAGUUUCAUUUUUAAAUUGUUAAGUUAAUUAAUCUCUUAUAGUAGUGAAAUAGAAAAUAACUCAAGUAGACAACUUACAGCAUAGAAUCAUUGAUAUUAACAUCGAAUUCUAAAAUAGUUGUGUAAAAGAUAAAAUGGAAGUUAGUAUAGUUCAGAAAUCUAAAAACAAAAGAAGUAACAAAAAUAUCGUUUUAUCUUAAAUCACAUUUUAAAUAUUUGACAUAUUAUUCAUUGAAUAAUGGAAAGUAGUCUUUAAUGAAAUAGUUAUAUCAUUCAAUUAAACCUUAUUCUAUAUUUUUGGUUUUAUUUGCAUAGUUACAUUUUUAACUGGAACUAUUGAAAUUGUGUAUAAUGCUGUAGAUCUAAUUUAAAUGUUUUCAUACUUAAAAUAUAUUAACGUAAAUUUACCUUUCAAUUUAUAAAAAUAUUUUGACCUUUUUAAAUUUGCAUAACUGUAAUACUUCUCAAAUCUUAACGAAUAAAUAGCAUUAUAGUUUUUAUCACAAAAAGAAUUAGAUCAAUAUAAUUAUUUACCUGUAAAAAUUAAAAAGGAUGGUUACUACUCUUAUUGCAUGUUGAAUUAUCCUUUUUUAAUUAUCUUGAUUGUUUUUGCAAUUUUUUUGUAUCCUUUGGCUAAAUUAUGUUUUUCAUAAUUACACAGAUUUAAAAUAGGAAUUAAAGAAGAUGAUGAUGACACAACCCUAUUAAAAAUAAAACUAAUUUUAUUACACCUAAAAUUAUACCUUCAAACAUCCUGUCAAUAUGUAAUGAACAAAUUAUACUUCUCAGGGUUCAUCUCAGCUCAUAUGAUUUUAACUUAUGACAUUCUAUUUUUUUCAUUUUUAAAUCUAUUUGACAUAAAAUUGUUACUUACUACAAAGAAUAACUUUAUUGCAAUUAACUUAUACAUAGCCAUCUUUUUAAAUAUUCUUCACUUCUCAUUAUUAUUUGUAUACUACUCUCUGCUUGCUAAACAUACAUAUUUGUUAGAGUAAAAAGAAUAUAUUAGAAAAUAUGGCACAUUAUAUGAUGGUUUAAAAAUAGGUACAACUACUUGUACUCACUUUUAUAAAUUAUUUACAACAAUUAAAAAGACACUUUUUAUGCUUUUGAUAACAUUUUGUUCGUCCUUCCCUUACUGUUAAAGUUUAUCAAUUUCAUGUUUAAGUUUCAUUUAAGUCAUUUAUUUAUUUAAUUAUAAGCCUCUCAUUUCAACAGUAGAAUAUAGAAAACAAUUUAUUAGUGAGUUUUGUGUUUUGUUAUUAUCACUUUUUAUAACUUUGAUAAUACUUAUGCAUGAUACUCAUAAAGAUAUGCUAUUCUAUUGUGAUAUUUUAGGCUGGUGUUCUAUAAUUCUUAUGUCUUUAUUAUUGCUCUUUUAAAUAAUCUUGGAUAUCAAACAAUAGUUCAUACUUUGUCAAAAAAAGCUUCUCUUAUUUCACAAGAUUCUAAAGGAACUGUAAACUAAAUUAUAAAAAGCCUUAGAAAGCUUGAGUUCAAACCAAAGUCAUAAUAAAUCAAAUGUUGUUUUAUUUUAUUGA